AUGCCCAAGCCAAGCCAGAAGCCCAAGAGGCAGAGAUCGCAGGCAUCAACCUUGGUGCCCCGUGCAGCAUCUUUACAGCCCUCUAUUCCCUCUAUCCCAAUCUCCAAAAAUAUGUCAUCUCCCCAAAUCACGAAGAAGCGACGCCUGGAGGGACGCAAUGAACGUGUUCCCGAAACUCCUCCUAAAAAACGAGCCGCGACGAGUAGUCAAAGCCAACAAACUCCACAACGAACAAGUCAACUAGUUCAAGCAAACUCGCCGAAUACACCAUUUGAUAUUUCAUCUGGAGAGAGCUCUGAUUCAGACUGUGUGAUCGAAAAAGUCCAGCCGUCCCCAAAGCGCAAACUUGUCGCACCCAGCCCCCGAGCUCGACCUACCAAGAAGCGCAAGACUGACCAGCAAGAGGCUAUCAACCGAGGCUAUGCCUGCAUCAAAGCAUCUGUUCUCGCAAAAGGCACAACAUUGGCAAGGCAGAACAAGAAACCAGCUGCUAGACAGCGGCAGGCUGCUUCUGUACCUCCUCAAGCACCCUUGCCCAACCUCACCUCAAGCGCGGCAGGCCCAAGCCGAAGUACUUCUGUCCCGCCAGCUCAUAUCCCCCCCAAAUCCAGUCAGAAUGAGAAUGCAACCCAAGUUGAGAACGAGUCGGAUCACAACAGUGAGAAGGCCCAGCUUUCGCCAAAAAAGCGCAAUCAACUCGAACAACAGAAAGCCAACGUCAAGCGACGACGAGUUGGCGACUCAGUCGAUACCCCUGUGUCGAUCGAUGUAGACGACGAAAAUCAACCCGACUCAGACAUUGAGGUCGUCAAGGUUGCGGUGUCCCCAAGGCGAAAGGCUGCGAAACAUCGCGCCACAGCCGACAAAAAUAUCAAGACCGAGAACUCUGCUAAGCAACAAAAGGCUGUAGCUCAGCGCAAGACCCAGUCUCCCUCUGUGGCAAAGCGGCCUACACCUGCCAAGUCAGCUGUUGCACGCGACACCACACCAUGCAAAACUUUGCACAUCGAUCUUACUCAGGAGCCCUCCGAUAGUUCUGAUUUCUCAGACGAAGAGACUCCGACUCUGGCCAAGCCAACCCUGCCAACACCAGUCGAGCAUAGUCUCGACGUCCAGAAUCCCCAAGCCACUGCUACUGAGCAUAUCAGCAGCAGCAACACCGACAACCCUGUUGCAGCCCCCCGGGAGACCGUCCCUGUCCAUGAACAGAGGUCCCCCUCGCCGGGCAUCACGGGCCCUUUGUUGGAUUGGCUUGAUCGCCAGUCGACGAAGACAGCACAUUCAAUCUCCAGCAGCAAUUGUCCGUCUCCCGACCACGAAGUGCCCUUUUCUACUGCGCCUGAAUAUCAGCACGAUGAUACCGCAGCGAAGAAAAUCAACAUGGAAGCUCAAGAUAGUGACAUGAAAUCCAUCAAGAAAGAGAGCAUUGAACAAUACAACUCCGACGAUGACGAAGGCAGCAGUAAUGAGGAGUCCCACGAUGGAGACAUGCACCAUAUCAAGCAAGAGAGCAGCUCAAUGUAUGGUCAUUCCUCAGACGACGAAGAAGACUUCGAUGAAGAGGACAUCAAAAGGGAGAAUCACUCAAGUCCCAUGAACAUUUCUGCUCUGAAGCAAUACGAGUCACAUCCCAAAGGAGACAAUGAAGAGGAAUACGAGGACGGUGAGGAGGAUUUCCAAGGCUUUCCUGACCUAAGUGACGGUGAGGUGUCUCAUGACGCCAAUACCCACGAGGCGGAAGAGAAUGGAAAUGUUGGAUCAUCGCCACCUGUAUCAUAUCAGCUACCACAAGAAGAUGUCUCUCCAAAAGCUGUCUCAACAACACUUGAGAAGGAGGCCACAUUUGAUUCGGCCGAUAAGUAUUUGACGAACGCGCUCGGCAUUUCGAAGAAUAAUCUUUCCACUCCGAUCAAAACUGAGAAGGGCCUUUCACCAUCGAUCUAUGAGCUUCAGCCAGUUUACAGCGGUGAGAAGCUCAUGCAGAGCCACACUCCAGGUACGCCAUCGCCGUUCCGACCUCACCAUCGUGAUUCGCUUCUCGGCUUGAGGAGUAUCCUCAAGGGCUCGGGUGGGCGAGGUCGUGCGAGUGAUAACGAGAGUGUGUACUCUCCAUUCCCGGAUAUUUCUCCCCUUUCUGGAGACGAGUAUGCCGCUUCAUCACCUACAGAACGAAUACAGCAGAGCAAAGAGCAAGCCAAGGCUAAUGGGACUGCCGCCAAGGUCAGCUCUUUCAAGAAGAAGCUUUACUCAACACCUCCUCACCGGGUUAUUGUGCCCAAGGCGAUGACAUUGCCAAGACUCCUGCCCAAGAACGGGACACCGACACUUCCACAGGAAGCUCGAUGGCUUAAGCAAAAAAAAGAUUUCAUGCCUUUACCAUCUAUCCCCGAUGGCACUGCCGCGAGCGACGCAGCCUCAAGACAAGAAACACCUACGAAGAUUGUCGCAAAGCGACCUCCCCGCGUUAACGGCACGACAGACAUAGCAGAGUCUGAAGAUGAAAUUGAGAAGAAGCUCCAGGAGCAACAGUUGGAGCCAGGAACCGACAAGCACUGGAUCAAGCCUUCUGAGAAGGAAAUCAAGCCCCCGAUUAUCCGUGAUGGCGUUUCAGAACACGCCAUUAAGCCCACAGUUGCUUUGUUCAAGAAGAAAAUCGCCGCUAGGCAAGGCUUCAAUCACGAUACAAGCAACGGGUCCAAUCAAAAGUACAACUGGGAAAUCGACUGGAGCACGCCGGCGUCCCUGACUGAGCGCGAAUCACAAGCCGUAGCAGCGGAACUAGAACAUAGGGGAAUCAAGACCAGCAGGCAAUACAGCAACUUUUGGUACAACCUUACGAUGAAGUUUUCAAGACUUGCAGGCUCGCCGAUUCCGCUUUUUACAGCAAAGAAAAAGGCACUCGAUACGUUUGUUGACGAGGCGAUGCAGAACCAGGAAAUCAGACGGCGGAACAAAAACAAGGCCGCCCUAAAGAAAGCGAGGCGACGAGAGAGGAAGAAGACGCAGCCCAAAGGCGUGGAUGCAUUUCUUAUUCCGGGGGAUACAGACGCUGAGAGUGACUCCGAAGAUUCCGAUUCCGAUCUCAACGGGGCCGAUCUGAUCGCCCAAAUGCGGGCGGAUACCGAGAAACGGCAGAGGACAUAUGGAGGCGGAACGAGUUGUGGACGUCGAAGCAAGUAA